AUGUCUCGACGAAAGUCCGAUAUCGAGACAACCGAGCCGGGGCUGUCAUCCUCUAGUAGCAGCAGUAAGACUGGCCUUGGUACAACACGGCACCACGAAAAUGCAAGCCACUUUGCCUCGCAACCCCGACAAGCAUCUGUCGCUGCGAAGCUUCGCAACCCCCUAGCAGGACUGAGUGAGAACGAUGUCAUUGCAGAUGUUGAUGCUUGGUGUACGGAGAAAGGUCUAUCAGAACACCAAGAUGCGUUUCGAAAAGGUGCCCUGAUUGCUCGCGUGGGCCAAAGAGAGGAUGGAUUCGAAUAUGUGAAUCAAUUAAAUCCCGAAGAGAAAGAUAUUCUGCGUCACGAAACUACCCACCGUUGGUCUCAGCCUUUUCAGCUCUACUUUCUCGUCGUACUUUGCGCAGGAUCAGCUAUCGUCCAAGGCAUGGACCAGACAGCUGUGAAUGGUGCCCAGCUUUUCUACUUCGAAGAGUUCAACAUCGGCGAAGACCAGGUAUGGCUUAGAGGUCUACUCAACGGUGCACCGUAUCUCUGUUCUUGUCUCAUCGGGUGCUGGUCCAAUGCACCACUGAACAAAUAUUUUGGCCGCAGAGGGACCAUAUUCAUAUCUUGUAUCAUAUCUUUCAUCACUGGUAUCUGGAUGGCGGCUGCCAACAACUGGCCCAACCUUCUCGUCGCCCGGUUCUUCCUUGGGUUUGCCGUUGGCGCAAAGUCCUCCACUACCCCUGUCUACGCAGCAGAGUCAGCACCCAAGAAUAUACGUGGUGCGCUAACAAUGAUGUGGCAGACGUUUACAGCUUUGGGGAUACUUUUUGGUUUCAUCGUUUCUGUCGCCUUUCAAGAUCUAACCUUCUUGGGAAGAUUGUCACCCUGGAGAUGGAUGCUGGCUAGUACCAGUAUUCCUCCGCUCAUUGUUUGUGUGCAGGUAUACUUCUGCCCAGAAUCGCCGCGUUGGUACAUGGAGAAGGGCAAAUUCGACCGGGCAUACCAUUCUUUGUGCCGCCUACGCAAGCAUAAAGUCCAGGCGGCACGAGACAUGUACUAUGCAUACAAGCUUCUGGAAGUGGAACAAGCCGAACGUGAAGGCAGGAAUGCGUGGAGAGAAUUCUUCCUCGUUCGACGUAAUCGUCGUGCGGCACAAAGUGCAUUUUUCGUGAUGUUCAUGCAACAAUUUUGCGGGUACUCUCGCCAUUUGUCAAGACCCUGGACUCCACUGACAAUUGCUAGGGUCAAUGUUAUCGCCUACUACAGUUCGUCUAUCUUUGAGGAAGCUGGAUUUUCACGUUCGGAAGCUCUACUCACAUCUAUGGGCACUGGAAUUAUCAACUUCCUAUUCGCCAUCCCGGCAAUUUACACUAUCGACACGUUCGGACGACGGAACCUACUUCUGACAACGUUCCCGCUCAUGGGCAUCUGUCUCCUGUGGUGUGGCAUGUCGUUCUUCCUUCCCCUCGAUCCCGAGACUGGUCGGCCAUCAAUUGAGCGACUUUCAUCGAUAGCCGCAGCUAUUUAUACAUUCAUGGCGGUCUAUUCGCCAGGAGAAGGCCCCGUGCCGUUCACAUACUCAGCAGAGGCCUUCCCAUUGCACCUCCGCGAUGUAGGAAUGUCGUUCGCGACAGCCACUUGUUGGGGCUUCAACUUCAUUCUCUCGCUGACAUGGCCUGCUCUGGUCGCCGCGUUUACGCCACAGGGUGCAUUCGGAUGGUACGCCGCGUGGAACUUCUUCGGCUGGAUUUACACCUAUUUCUUCCUGCCUGAGACCAAGGCUCUGACACUAGAAGAGCUAGACACUGUCUUUGACGUUGGGAAUCACGAGUUCUGCGGAUAUUACCGCAAGAAGCUACCAUGGUAUCUCAAGAAGCAUAUUCUGAGACAGGAUGUCGAGCCCAUGGAGCCAUUAUUUGAGUUUCACGAUGAAGGCCCAUACUCGCAGUAUACUGCUGAGCCAGUGAACGUUGGCGUUGUCAGCGGGACUGGGGGGGUACAUCAGAGUGAGAAGAACAAAAGUAUGAAUGUGUAG